GGGCGUGACACGAGAGCGGAAAGCCAAUUUGUGCCUGGGUGUAGUGGGCGAAUGUGACAGGAGGUUCCAAAUAAAAAUGGAAUCGAGGAUACCCCCCAAUUCUUACAUUGCGCUGCAGUUGCCCUCGGGAACAACGAAAGUCCAGCAGAUAAUCCCGUCUACGACCAUCUCUCUUGGGAAAUACGGUUCAUUCCCCGCAAAUCAGAUCAUUGGACGGCCCUUUUACCUGACUUUCGAGAUACUUGACGAGGCCGACGAAAAUGGUCAUGUUUUGCGUGUUGUUCCCGCAGCAGAGCUACAUACGGAGGCGCUGAUGACUGAAGGUUCAACUCCGGCAGAACUCGAAGAUGGUCCGGAUCUUGGAAACGGAACGGGAGAGGAUGAUACCCCUCAGCCCCGCGACAACCGAAAUAUCAUAGACGACAACUCCGCGCAGCGCAUGACAAUGGAGGAGAUUGAGAAUCUCAAACAAGGGACAACUGGUGCGGGAAAGGAAAUCAUUUCCAAACUUCUACGGUCGCAUUCCGCCCUUGACCAAAAGACUGCCUUUUCCCGGGCCAAAUACACGCUGAGGAAGAGGAAGAAAUAUUUAAAGCGUUUUACGCCGGUUCCUCUCGAUGUAUCGCUCCUCACGAAUUGGAUGUUGAACGAUAAAGAUGCGGCAAGGACUAUGGAACUACGGGACGAGCUGUUAGGGCUGAUUGGGUGUUGGGCAAACGUUCAUCAUGGUGGGGAAGAUUCUCCACCAGAUUCAACAACAGCCCAAGCUUGCGGCCGGUGGCUUGUGGUUGAUGAUACAGGAGGGCUAGUAGUAGCAGCUAUGGCAGAGAGAAUGGGCAUACUCUACCCUUCCUCAACAGAGUCGGACCUAUCUGCGUCGGAGGAAGCGGAACCCAGCAGUGAUACACCAGGUGAAACGGAAAUAAUGUCGGUGGAAAAUCCCAACGAUAAAUCUCUCGGCGACCAUCCAGAAUCUCACUUAGCUCCUAGCCACCAACCACGCCACCGACAUCGCCCGGCGCCUAUGUCAGCCAAACAUACAACCCUGACCGUAAUACAUCCCAACUUCCAACCCAACCUUACCCUAUUAAAAUACUUCUCCUACGACCUUAACGAUCCGCCCGAAUCUCAUCCUCUCUACACCCAUCUCAAAACGCUGUCUUGGAUCCAACUAGUGGAUCCUGAUUCCGAUCACACCUAUACUAAUGAGCCAGCGGUUGUUCCUGAUUCCGUCCUUGAGGACUGGAAGCCUAGUAGAAGGGGCGCUUAUUAUCGAAAGCGACGCCGAUGGACAAAAGUACGCACAGUCGUACAAGAGGCCCGUGCCGGUGGCUUCGAUGGUUUGGUUGUUGCAACCUUGAUGGACCCCGCUUCCAUCUUGAAAUACACUGUUCCGCUGCUGGCUGGUUCAGCGCCUGUGGUUGUAUAUUCCCCACAUAUCGAACCGCUGAUAAAGCUAUCCGAUUUAUACUCUACAAUGCGCCGGGCCGCAUUUUUAAACCGGAAGCAAGCAAUUCAAGAAAGCCAGGGCACAGGAACAAGGGAGUCCGCUGCGGUCCUAGAAGACGGCACGCGGAACUGUUUUCAAGACGAAAACUCCGAGGAUGAUGAUUUUCCUGUAGAUCCAUCUCUACUUUUGGCUCCUUCGAUCCAGACAUCACGAGUCCGUACAUGGCAAGUUCUGCCAGGACGUACGCAUCCGCUUAUGACUGGUCGGGGUGGAGCGGAGGGUUAUGUGUUUCAUGCCAUCCGUGUUAUUCCAGCGGGAGGAAGAGUGGAGGCUCGUGGAGUUCCGGGAAGAAAAAAGAGAAAGGUUGCAAUAGAUACGCCGGGUCAAACACCAAAGGAGAGCGAGGAUACUGAUAUGCAGACGUAAAUAUCUUAGAAUCCUAUAUACAUACAUGUUCAUAUGGGUUAGGAGUGCCCUUGGUACCUUGCAUUUCGUACCAGCGGGAUAGCUGAUGACCAGCCACUCUUGAAGACAAUUUAUGUCCAAGAAUAAGUGACGUUCGGCUAGUUUCAACA